UCGUCCCACCCAAAUGCACUAUAAAUGACACAUAGCCACUAGUCACACAAACAACUUAGUAAUCACUCAUACAAUUUCUCACAACUCAAUAAACCUUAUUCACGAACAACACCUGUGGAUUCAUCAAUGGCUGUCAAAGUGUAUAUUGUGUACUAUUCUAUGUAUGGACAUGUAGAGAAGCUAGCUGAAGAGAUAUUGAAAGGUGCUGCAUCUGUUGAAGGAGUUGAAGCCAAGUUAUGGCAGGUACCUGAGACCCUCAAUGAUGAAGUUCUUGGAAAAAUGAGUGCACCUCCUAAAAGUGACACCUCGAUAAUCACACCAAACGAACUUGCUGACGCUGACGGAUUUGUUUUUGGAUUCCCGACACGAUUCGGUAUGAUGGCUGCUCAGUUUAAAGCGUUUUUUGAUGCCACUGGUGGUCUUUGGAGGACACAACAGCUUGCUGGCAAACCUGCUGGUAUAUUUUACAGCACCGGUUCUCAAGGUGGCGGCCAAGAAACCACCGCAUUAACUGCGAUUACUCAGCUUGUUCAUCAUGGGAUGAUAUUCGUUCCAAUCGGAUAUACUUUUGGAGCCGGGAUGUUUGAAAUGGAGAAAGUCAAAGGUGGAAGUCCAUAUGGUGCAGGAACUUAUGCUGGAGAUGGGUCAAGACAACCAUCUGAGCUUGAGUUGGAGCAAGCUUUCCAUCAGGGUAAGUACAUUGCUACCAUCACUAAGAAACUCAAGGGAAGUGUGUGAAUUUUCAUUUUAAUACAUGCAAAACUGCUGUUUCAUAUACAUAAUUUGUUUAAAUUUGGUUGCUAAUGUUGUAUACUUGCUUGUUUUCUCAUAUGUUACAUGUAUGUGUCUCUUUUUUCGUACCAUCCAAUAUCAUUUGUGUUUAUGGUUGGAUUAUAUGUAAAAAUAUAGGCUAUAAAUAAUACGAACAAGUUCUUCAA